CUUUGGAAGUCCUUUCGGUUUUGUCGUAUGUUUUCGGGAUUUAUUUUACAAUUACUCUUUGAGGAGUCCUUUGUACAUUUAUCGUCUAUGAUAACCCUGAAGUACUGAAAACUUAAGAGUGUCUCAAAGUUCCAAUUCUAAACAAUCACGACUAUUUGAAUGUGUCAAUUAUAACUGAUGAUAUGAAACGUAAAGGAAGGCAAAGGACUUCAAAAUCGUCUGGUCGUUAUGGUUUGAUAAGUAGUUUGAAGUCUCAUUAUGAUGAUUCUCAAAUACGCUCUGAUUGUGGUUCACCAGACACAGGAUCGAAAUCAUCUCAUGCCCUUUCAAAAACACCAGAUGAUACAUCCAGUGAAUCAGUUCAUAGCCGCAGACUUCGUAAUAACUCUGAUGGCGAUGAAUACUCAUCACAAGUGGACUAUCGUAGCCGUCGUGGUAAGGAAAGAAAAACACAUAAUGGAAACAUCGAUCAAACUACAUUCAAAAACUUUGCAGAUGACUAUAGUAAUGAGUCAAGGGAUCGUGAGAGUUCACUUCCUACAGCACUUAGUAGUGAACAUGAAGUACCCUAUGAUGACGAAUCUACUCGUGAAGCCUCUUCUGCCAAAGAUCUCAUGGGAUCACAAAACUCCGUUUUUGUCGAACCUCGUCAGCCAGAUAAGGUUACUGUGGAUUACACUACUUCUCAUGCUCAAAGGAAAGUAAAUAAACGUGAAUUGAAGGCAUUGUUGAAACAAACCAAAAGGAAACCUUCGACAGUGGACGAGUCAGUGAUAGCUGCUAUAGACGAAUUGGCUGUUCAUUUGAAAGAUACUUGUGUAGUUGAAAUGAAAUCGAUACCUCGUCGACCGAUUCCAGUCGCCCCAUCGCCUCCAUCAAUCACCCAUCAUCAGCCUGAUACACCAUCCCGCAGGGGUAUAGGAGCACGUAGAGGUGGUCGCAGAGGUCGAGGUGCUCGUCGUGGUGGUUUCUCUUCUCCUAACACUUCCGCCUCAAUAAAACAAUCAGUACUUCCAGCUUCAUGGGUCCCGCUUAUGUUGCCCAACCCUCUCCGAAAUCCCUCAACCCUAGAUUCAGCAGAUAAUGAAAAUUCUGAAGCGAAAUCCAAACUGUGUAUGCCAUGGCUUCGACAAUUAUCAGAAUCACGGGUGCAUCGAUUUGUUAUGAAUAUGCGUCGUCUCCUGGGUACACUGCAAAAUCCCUCGGAAACUUCACAUUCACCUAAAAAAUGUGUUGAUCUCAUUGAUUUAACUCAAGAAACACAAAUCAGUCAGAAUUCACCGAAUGAAAAAUUCAAACAAUCAGCUGCACUGAACUCCUCUGGUGUACAAAAUCCUACUAACCUGAUGAUAUGUACAGAUAUCAAUGUGAUGAAUUUGUCCACAGUUGAAAAUAAUCAACAAUCAAAUAUCAGUGUAAAUCGAAAUGAAACAACUCCUUCUACAAACUUAGAACCAGUGUUUAGUGAAAAUGCAUUACCACCUUCUCGUCCUAUAAUGUCGCAUUUAUCAAAACGUCGUGGUAGAGGUAAACGACACCGUGGUGGAUUUUAUCGAGGUUUCCCAGGAAGACCCAGCAACAUGGGUUCAUCUGAAUUAGUUACAAAGGAUAGUGGUCAAACUAUCGGUGGUAGUGGUCAAUUUGUGCCCAAGUUGACUGCUCCUAAAAACAAAUCUCGUGUUUCUCGUGAACUUCGUGGUCUUGUCACAUGGGAUGCUGUAAUGGCUGAACAACGAAAACGUGAACAAGAACAAAAAGAAAUGGUAGAGAAAGGCGAACCGCCUGUUUUUCGUCCAGCAGAAGUUGCCUUAUCUGUUGUAACUGAAUUAAUUGCUUCUGUAGAAGAAGAAGACACUUUAACACCUAAACUUCGUCGAACUCGACAGUCUAGUGGUAGUGUACACAGUCAUGCUACACAUUCAGCUGUCGGUUCUGAGACAGCAUCAAUGCAAACAACUGUUACUCCUUCUGAACAAAUUCCUUAUGAAAUCAACUGUCGUACAAAACCGAAUGAAUCCCAUUCUGUUAUUGCCUAUUCUGGACUUAGUACAGAAGUGUCAAGUGUAUCAUCGGAUAAUGCAACUGUUCUCCAGAAAUCAUCAUCCACUAAUAGGAGUAGUACCAAGAGACCAUUUGAUGGUGGUGGUGGCAGGCUUGAUGCAAACGAUGCAACAACAACAACAGGUGCAGAUCAUUCCAGUUGUGAACAAAAGGGUUCAUUUUCGAUUAUAUCUGAAGCAAGUGAACGAAAUAGUGAAAUGGAAUCUGCAUGCAUUACCAAAUAUUCUCCAAUCUCUGUAGAACAAGAACCACUCGACGAUAGUGUUUAUCAUCAAUCUUCAGUUGCAGCUAAACGAGAUUUAAGUCCACGAACAUCAUCUCCUGGUCGUCGAAGAAAGAGAAGUAGACAUAAUCGAUUCUCAAAGACCCCUCAUCCCUCUGAUAUGAAUCUUCAACCAGAACACUACAUCUCCAAUGAGACGAUAUCCCAUAGCGGUAUAACUACUACUGAUUCACGACACCAACAACUUGAUCUCAAUUCCCCAUCUUCUUCUUCUUCCCUUUUAAAUACUGUGGGUAAGCGACGACGACAUGCCCACCAUUCAGCAAUUUCAAACACCAAUGACGCUUUAGUCGCUGCUGCUCAUGAUGAUGAUGAAGAAUUUGCCCAACAAUCUGUUUCCCCUCUUGAAAGAAGUAUUUCUGAUGCCUGUGAUAUUAUAUCCACCUCUACACCAUCAUCAUUACCAAAUAAUUUAAGACGUUCCUCCAGUUCACGUCAUUCAGUUCUUCCUCCGCGUAAACGUUACAAAGUUGGAAUGAACACCUCGGAUGAUGCUGAUACACAUAUGUCCUCCAUCUUGGAUUCAGAUCAUCCUACUGAUGAUUAUUGUACUAAAUCAAUGUCUGAUGAACAACCGAGUACAGAUAUAACUGUAGUGGAUUUGACAGAAGUUGUACCUUCAACAGUUGAUGCUGCUGGUCAACUUGUUGUUGAUAAUCCUGAUGCUGUUGUCGUGAAAAAGCGUGGUCGAGGCCGACCAUCAAGGCGUUCAUUAAAAUUGGUGGAGCCUAUAAAGAGUAUUGCCACCUCGCCUUGCUUAUCAUCAGAUUCAAUUUCUGUGAUGUCUGAUCGACCGAAACGUGAGGCUGCAGUGAUAGGUUUUGCCAGUCUAGUUGCUGCAAACUUGAAUAAUACAGGCGUGUCUGUGAAUUCUACUCCUGAGACUCCAGAUACCUUGAAUGUUCGAUCAGAAACUAGCAGUCUACCCUCUCCGAGUGUAUCUGUUAGUUACACUGAACACCAACAACAACACCAACAAGGUUCAACAGUGGAAGUUCCUGCCACUAAACCAGUCGUUGCGCCUCGAGGUCGUGGACGUCCUCCAAAAAUCAAACCCACUCAUCAUUUGUUGAACACUAAUAGUACUUUAAGUCCUAAUACAGAAAAAUCAGAGAACAAACCGGAAACAAUUAUAAGUCAUCGUAAACGGUCAGUAUUAUUCCAGUCACGUGGUAGUUCACCUUUAAUUACAUCGUCUUCCAUUAUAUGCUCUCAACUACCAGAGGGGGAUAAUAUUCCUAAUCACCAGCAGCAGCAGGUGUAUAGAAAUGAACAUGAAAGUCGUCAACAGCAUGAAACAACGACAGCAACAACAACACCAACAACAACUGAAGUCCCCACUGACAACAGUGCUGUAUUAAAAGAGACUGACAAUAAUGAUCCCUCAUCCAACAGCCCUACAGAUUCAUCACUGCCUUCAUCAGGACUGUUGUUAUCAUCUUCAUCAAAAUCAUCAAAGCUUUCUACAAAACAAGCGAACAAAAAGCGUUUAAUGCCACCGUCUAGUGUUAAAACAAAGUUGUCUGAAAUUCAUUCAACUGGGCAAAAUGCAUCUAGAUUAGGCAUUAAUUCAUCUUCUUCAUCGUCUACUUCUACAUCUGCUUCUCAGAUAUCAUCAUCGUCAUCAAUCAAUCAAAAACCUGAUCGUUUACCAAGUCGAAAUAGUUUCUUCAAAGAUUCUCUUAUUUCAAGCCUCGAUCAAAUUUCUUUCCUCAAGAAUAAGUCGUUAACUGGUCCAUUGUAUGAAUUAUUCUGUCGAUUCUUCAAUGAACCUGAUCCUCUUGAACCAAAUUAUCGACUGUGUUCUCCUAUCAUUUAUUUACCAUCACCUGAAAGAUAUCCAGAAUUCUAUCGAUUCACCCUGUCUUCUCAUCUAUCGGGUUCUGGUUUACAAGUGAAGUUCACAACCGACUUUAUCAAUCGUUUAUUUUCUCCAGUCAGUUUUCCAUCCAGUGAUAAUGAUGAUGGGAUAAUAAUGGAUGAUGAAAUUUACAAAAUUGAAUUCCCUUCUCUGUGUUUAGCUAGUAUUGCGUCAAGAUUUGUAAUGAACAAUAAUAAUGAUAACAACAAUACAGGGGAGAAUUCGACUAGUCCUACAUCUGUAGUUCCAUUGAAUUUAGAACUUUCAGAAGCAGAAGAGAAUUCCUAUAAAAUUGUAACAAAUUCUACUGAUUUUAUGGAGAGUUUACAUAUCCUGGAUAUAUGUAUGGAUAAUAUAUUCUCUGUAUGGGAAGCUUUUACUGGACGUCGUAGUUGGUUUGGUCGACGUUUAUCACAGUUGAAAAGUGUUUAUGUAAAGCAUCGUACUGAUAUGGUCGAGUGUUUAAAGCUGCAGAACUGUGUCCCCGUUGCUAUGCCUAAAUCACUUGCACUAGCUGGAAGUAAAUUUCAAAACAGCACUACAAAGAAGAAGGCUGAUCGUCGUGCUUUGGAACGUGGUGCUGAGGUUAUCCGAUGUUUAUGCGGUUUUCGUGUUGAAGGUGGUCAUGUUAUGGUUCAAUGUGAUCGUUGUGCAUCUUGGCAACAUCUCCCAUGUUUAUGGUGGGCACUGAGCCUUGCUAUUCGCAAUGAUACAAAUGAUGGAAGAAAUUCAAAUCUGUCUUGUCUGUGUCAAACUGCAUUGAUUGCUGCUCAAGCUGUUGGCAGUACAGGAGAGAGUAAUGAUGUCAAAUCAGAAGGUGGUGGUGGUGGUGCUGGUGCUGAUCGAGAAGCUGAUGCGCCAUACAUCUGUCCAGUGUGCUUGAAAUUGGAUAAUUUGACGAAAGAAUAUCCACGUUCAUUGUCUGCAGCUAUGAGUUUAAACGAUUUAGACGCUGUGUUUGAUUUACAAGACACAUUGGUCAAAGGGGAACAUGAAUUCUGGACACUGGGUAGUCCAGAUGGGACAUGCCAAAUUCGUACAGAUGAUUAUGCAUUUGUUAAUCGUUUUUGGUUAGACCAUUUAAAUACUUCUCAGGAUAUUUCAAAAGGCAUAAUCCCAUCAGUGCAUAUCAAAGAGCUUUUAGAGCAAUCUCAACGAACACCGGUGAAAUCAGCUUAUGAUCGUGUAAUAGUUCGAAUAUACCGUUUGUGGAAGGAUGUUGAUGGUUUUCCGUGGUUAGAAGGUGGUCUAUUCCUACGUCCCUAUGAUAUACCUAAACCGUCUCGAACAGCAGAUUCACCAUCAAAAUGUCCACAAGCCUGGCAUUCUAGUGAAGUUGUCUAUGAUGAGGCCAGGCGUGUUAUCUUACCGUUGAAUGCAUGGAUUGGUCGAUGUACCGUGUUAUGUCCUUCAGCUUAUCGAGUUGGUAGACCUGCUGAUCUAUUGUGCAGAGAACAUAUACAAGAAUUUCUGCCAACAGUGAAAAAUUGUAAUGAAAGUAACAGCAAUAAUGAAACAAGCACUAGAUCAGAUGAAUUUCAACACUUUUUUGUCUGUGAAAAAUUGUUUGAACAACCAUCGUCUACUGGAAAUGGUCAAGGUUUUCGCUUUGAUGAAAUAUCUCCUGGAUAUCUGAAAGUCAAUAUGAAGCCAUACUGCUUCCUGCGUAAAGCUGAUAAUCAGUGUAUUCGUGGUGGUUUGCCUCGACAAUAUUCAGCUUCUGAUCUGCUCACUCAAGAUCAAAUACCAUUUACAACUGAAAAAUCUGCAGUCAGUAAAACUUUUGAAGAACAACCUCCUUUAUCAUCAUCAUCAUCUUCUGUUCAAAGGUCUUCCAGUAAUGAAGAAGAGAAGAAUCCACCCCCGGUUGCAUUUGGGAAUUCAAAACAAAAGGGUGAAAAACUAGCACGUGUUGUCGAUUGGUUAGAACGUAAACGUCAGACAGGUGCUUUACAACAAAACAAUGCAAUACUAUCACUUCAGUCUACAUCACUUGAAAGUGAAAUUCCUUCUGCUGCUGCUGCUGCGACUGCUCCUCCUCCUCCUCUUUCUCCUAUUCUUUCUCGUCUUUCUGCUUCUCAGCCUUCAUGUGGUCGUGGUGGUGUAACAGUGAAAAACGAUGUAGACGAUGAUACAGAAAUGCGUGAUUUAUCUGCUUCUAUUGAAGUUUCAAGUCCAACUAAUCGUGGAAAAGGAAGAUUUAGCUCUCCUACUCAUACUACUACUACUACUAGAUCUUUGAAAUCACCACGUUCACCAGUCGAUGUAUCAUUGUCAGCCAGUCCGAAAAAGUUCACCAGUCAGAAUGACACCACGGACAUUUCAACGGAGAAGUCACCAAAAUUGGAGAAUAUCAAUAAUCUUUUAGAAGGUAAUACUGAUGAAAACAGUUUCCCAGUCAUCAUUAGCUCAGAUCAUGCAUCUAUUGCACGCACAUCUUCCCCUUCUACACUCCCAGAUAAUAAUCCAAUCUCACCUAGUAGAAAUAAUAAUAACAGCAACUAUAAAGACGAAGAGAAUACCAGAAUUAAUUCACCCAGUAUUCAGCAUAAUGAAACUUCUCCUGUCUCCCUGAUUCUUUCUAAACCUGACCUACAAAAUGAAGACUCUUCAUUAUUGGAUGAUAAUAGUCCUGGGAAAAGUGUUUCAUCAUCAAACAGCCAGUUGAUGAUGAUGAUGACAUCGCCAACUUCAUCAUCCACAACAACAACAACAGAUGAUCAUUCAAAUCUUUCAUCUCCAGGUGGUGGUGGUAGUUGUUUAGGCUCUUCAAGAAAACGUAAACGUCCAGUAGUGACACGCAAGAGAUUAAUUCAUCAUGAACCAGAAUUAUGUACUCCGGCUGUUGAAAUGAUAUCUGAUGACAGUAGUAGUACUACUUGCAUAACUACUACUACACCUCAUCAGGCAACUGAAUUAAUAAACACUGGCAAUUCAAUUGAUGAAGAAAAUCUCGGCGGCGGCGGCAGCACCAACAACAACAAUAAUGGUCAAAAUAUUGUUGUAGAUAAAAUAAUGGAUGAAUUAUCUUCAGAUAAAGAUUUGUUGUCUUCAACAGGAGCUACAGUAGCUGUAGUAGUGGAUCAAGCCUCAGAAGAUCAUAAUAAUAAUAAGCCCUGUAUGCAUACGUGUCAAUCACAUUUAAUCUUAGAGUAUGAAACGUGUUGUCUGGAUAUACAACCGUUAGGUAUUGUGAAUCUUCCAUCUACGGAAGUGGUUGAUCAAACCAGUGGUUUAUCGUCUGUCUACGAGAAACCGAUCAUUAUCUCUGAUCAUCAUCAGCAUCAUGAGGAGCCAGAACAACAACAACAGCAGCAGUCAGAGUGUAUUGAUCCUGUGACUUCUGCAGACACGGAGUUGUCAAACAUUCAACCAGAUUCGAUGAAUGACUCACAGGUCAAUUCUGUAGAAAAUGUAGUCAUCAGUACAGAGAUGAUGAUGGUCAGCACAGAUAUUCUAGAUAAACGAUUAGAUGAUGUAGUAGAGGAGACUGAAAGUCCAUCAGAGUUGCAGCGGCACGAAGAGAAAGAAGUCGACGACGAUGAUGUUGAUGGUGAUGAUCAUGAAGGAGAAGAUGAAAUACUUGAUUGUUCUAAAACUACUACUCGAGGAUUAUAUGAUAUUGAAAUGUUUAUUCCACCUAGAAAAGAUGGCGAAGCAUCCAGUGCUACUGUACCAUCUCAACCUUUAUCUAAUGAAAAUAACCCUAAUUCAUGUGUUUCUGUCGAUAAAGAGGAAUUACCACCACCAUCACCCUCGCCAUCGCCAUCAUCACCGCCACCACCACCACCUACAAAUGAAGCAAUGUCAUCAUGUAUGAAUAUUUCAAUGAUUUCAAGCAUUAGUGAUGAUGACGAAGAAGAAGUGAUGGAACCUACAGCAGAUUCUAUUGUAGAUAUUAGUCCGUCGAAAUCUUCUUCUCCUCUUCCACCUACUAUUACCACUGCUCCUGCUGCUUCUGCGUCCGCUGCUGCUGCUCCUAUUCAUGAAAAAGAGUCCAAAACAUUGACAAAAUUUGCUGUUGAAACUUUAGUCUCUGAUGAUUAUCCAACGACAUCGUCAAUAUCAACAACAUCAAAUCUAUUACAUUUAUCCUAUAUCUCUUCACCUGAUAAUGAGGAUGAUGAUGAUAUUAUAAGUGGAAAAGACUCAAAAGAUUCACCUCAGCUGAAUACUACUACUAAUGAUGAUGAUAAUGAAAUGAUGAUGGCUGAUACUGUCGAGAAAUUAGACGAUACAGCAACUACGACAACAGAUAUGGACAAAUCCCUACCUGAAUCAUCUGAUGGAAAUCAGGGUAGUAUAUUAACCACAGAGGGAAGUGACAAUCAGUUGAUGGCACAAGUUGGUGGUGAAAAUUCCAGUAGUGAACAAUUAAUAUAUCCAACAACAUCAACAACAGCGACGACGACGUCAACACCAACAAAAGAUGUAGACGCGGCGGCGGCAGUCGACGAUAUGAAUACUAGUGUUUCUCCAAAUCAUCCAGGUACACCUUUAUUAGAUGAAAAAUCGGAUCCAAUAGAACAGACUACUAGUGAUUUUGAUACCACUAAUAAUAAUACUAUUAGAAUUCUUAGUGGUAGUAGUAGUAAUAAUAAUAAUAACAUUAAUCCUGAAUGUCUCCAAUUACUGACAAAUAGUCACCAAGUCAUCGAUUCAUAUACUCAUGCUACUACUGAACACUCAUCAUCGUUGUCUCCUCAAUAG